GGACAGUGGCAAGUCAAGUGAAGUGGUUCGAGGAUCGGUCUCAGUCUGGCGAUUCGUGCGCCUUAUAUUUAAAAGCGAUUUUGCAGUUAUAUUGGUUGGCGCUGAGGGGAACGCGACGGACAAAACGUAUUCAUGUCAAUGUUACACCAGUGACAUUUUUAGUCAAGUGAACCUUUUGUUGUUCCUCAAGAUUCAGGUCACGAUCAAGACACUGGCAUCAAGCUUCACCAAAAAGUGUUAUUCUUUUUUUUUUGCGUGAAGAUGUCAAGAUUGUUAAUGUUGAGAUGAAUGGAAGAUUAUGAUUUUAUUGAUUCAUCAUACACUACCUCAUAGUUUUUAACCUUUUACAAAGCUUGUGAUGUAGGGGGAUGUGAUGGCACACUGUCUACAUCUUUUGUUGGUUUUAACCAAUUUUGUGGUCAAUCUUCUGCAUUUUAAUGAUGCGAUUCCUGAUCCUGCUCUUCUGUUUGCAAAUAGACAAGAAGUACGGCUGGUUGACAUUGACAGGCCCUGGGUGAAUGGCACUUCUCUGACAAAGAACAUCCAUGAUGCGGCUGCUGUGGACUUCAACUUUGCGCGGCGUGAGGUGUGCUGGAUCGACAUAUUUCUGGGGGAGAUCAAAUGCUCCAAUCUCCCCGGACCAUCGCGCGUCCGACCGCGGCGCGUCAUCACCGAGUGGCUGAUCAACCCGGACGGACUGGCCAUCGACUGGAUCACGGGCAAACUCUACUGGACCGAUAGCGACACAAAGCGCAUCGAGGUGGCCAACAGGACCGGCGGCAACCGACGCGUGCUGUUCUACGACCGAUUGGACCGGCCGCGCGCCAUCGCCCUCCUGCCCUCCGAGGGACUGCUGUUCUGGACGGACUGGGGAGAGAUUCCGAAGAUCGAGCGGGCCGGCAUGGACGGCGACCUCAGCACCCGCUCUGUGUUCGUCCGCGACGACAUCCAUUGGCCCAACGGCAUCACCAUCGACUACGAGACCAAGAUGGUGUACUGGACUGAGGCGAAGAAAGAGCGGCCGCAGAUCUCGGCUCAGCGGUACGACGGCACGGGCCGGCGCGUGGUGAUGGAAGGCGGCGAGCUCAAGCACCCGUUCUCGGUGACGCUGUUCCGCGACCGGCUCUACUGGACCGACUGGCACACCAGGUCGAUCCACUCGUGUAAGAAGCGGAACGGCGGCGACGUGCGGACGGUGCUGGGCGGUGAGCGCGGCGGGCGCGGCGUGCAGCCGCUCGACGUGCACGUGUUCACGGCCUCCCGCCAGCCGGCCUGGCACGGCCCCGGCCCGGUGCCCUGCGCCGAGCACAACGGCGGCUGCUCGCACCUGUGCCUGCUGUCGCCGGGAGCGGCGUUCCGGCCGACCGGAGCGGCGGCCGGCCGCGCCCUGCCCGGACACUCGUGCUCGUGUCCUACCGGAGUGAGACUCAUCAACGAGACACAUUGCGCCGACCGUCCGGAGCGUCUGAUCAUCCUGGCGCGGCGGACCGACCUGCGUCUGAUCUCACUGGAUACGCCCGAUCACACGGACAUCAUGCUGCCACUGAAGGGCGUCAAACAGGCCGUGGCCGUCGACUACGACCCCAUCGAGGACCAGCUCUACUGGACAGACGAGGAGACGCAGCGCAUCCAGCGCUCGCGGCUGGACGGCACCGAUCAGGAGACGGUGGUGGUCUCUGAGCUGCACAACCCGGACGGCGUGGCCGUCGACUGGAUCGCGCGCAACAUCCAUUGGACCGACACCGGCUCGAACCGAAUCGAGGUGUCGCGCCUGGACGGCACCGCCAGAAAGGUGCUGAUCUCGGAGGACCUGGACGAGCCGCGUGCCAUUGCCGUCGACCCGGUGGCCGGCUACAUGUACUGGUCCGACUGGAGCGACGUGCGGCCCAAGAUCGAGCGCUCGGCUCUGGACGGCAGCCGCAGACACAUUCUGUUCGACACCGACCUCAAGUGGCCCAACGGCAUCGCGCUGGACUUCCGGCUGCGCACGCUCUACUGGUGCGACGCCGGCAAAGAUAGGAUCGAGACGGCUAACAUGGACGGCUCCGGUCGGCGCGUGGUGCUCAACAACAAGCUGCCGCACCUGUUCGGCAUCUCGCUGCUGGACAACUUCGUCUACUGGACCGACUGGACGUCGCGCACCAUCGAGCGCGCGCACAAGAUGACAGGCGACGAGCGGGAGGUGAUCGUCGAACACCUGCCCGACCUAAUGGGGCUCAAGGUGGUCUCGCGCACAGCUCCGACCGGCACCAACGGCUGCUGGCAGCACAACGGCAACUGCUCGCACCUGUGCCUGAACACACCCGACGGGCCCAGCUGCUACUGUCCUAUUGGCCACGAACUGACAUCGGACCUGAAGACGUGCAUCGUCCCGGAGGCGUUCCUGCUGUACAGCCAGAGCAAGUCGAUCCGGCGGAUCAGCCUGGAGACGCCGCAGAACGACGUCAUCAUUCCGCUGUCGGGCAUCAGCGAUGCCGGGUUUCUGGACUUUAACAUGCGCGACGAGCGUAUUUACUGGACGGACAUGAAGAACAAGUCGAUAUCUCGGGCCUUCACAAACGGCUCCGGACUGCAGAAGAUUAUCCAGCUGGACACCGAGUUCCCCGAGGGCAUGGCGGUUGACUGGCUGGCCGGCAACAUCUACUGGUCGGAGGCGCUGGGUCGGAUCGAGGUGGCACGUGUGGACGGCUCCAGUCGCCGAGUGCUACUCUGGGACAACAGCCGAAGCCCGCGCAGCAUCGCCGUCGACGCCAGUGCCGGGUACCUGUUCUGGGCCGACUGGUCAGCCGUCUCCUCGCUGUACCGGUCUCGGCUAGACUGCACGGCCACGGAACAGUUCGUGACGGCCGUGAACCGCUGUGACGGCCUCACCGUCGACCACGACUCGGGCCGUCUCUUCUGGGUGGACAUCGACAGCAGGCGCAUCGAGUCGGUACAGCUGACGGGCGACGGCCGGCGCGUGGUGCUGGCCGGUCUCAAACAGCCCUACACACUGGCAGUGUACGGGAAACAUGUAUACUGGUCGGACUGGACCGACGACCGCAUCGAGCGGGCCGAUAAAAUGACCGGCGACAACCGGACAGUGGUGCGCGACGGCGUGAAGUACGUGGUGAGUCUGCUGGUGUUCCACCGCUCCCAGCUGGCGGCCUGGACGCCCUGUGUCGAGCACAACGGCGGCUGUCAGAGUCUGUGCUUCGCCAGCCCGCUGACGGCCGACGGGCAGCGGCCGCCGCACCGGUGCGGCUGCCGCAGCCACUACCAGCUGGCAGCCGACGGACGCCGCUGUCUGCCCCCGGCGGAGUUUCUCCUGUUCGCUCAGCGGUCGCGGGUGCACCGGUACAUGACCCUGCCGGGAGAGGCACCGGACAUCACACUGCCCAUCACCCACCUGCGCAACCCGCGCGCCCUCUCGUUCGACCCGCGUAACCAGCAUCUCUAUUGGGCCGACGCCAAGACGGAGACGAUCCGGCGAGCCCGGGACGAUAACACGGCUCAGGUGAUCCUCGUGCACAGCUCGAGCAACGCGGUCCGCCACCGGCCCUUCGAUAUACAGGUGGAGCCGUACUCUGGUGUGCUGUUCUGGUCGUGCGCCGAACAGAACACCAUCAACGUGACGCGUCUGAACGGCAGUCAGGUGGGCGUGGUGGUGGGCGGGCCGGACAGCGCCGACCGGCCGCGCCACCUGGCUCUGAUGGCCGAGCACGGCCUGAUGGUGUGGGCCAACCAGGGGCCGCCGGCGCGCAUCGAGCUCUGCCGAUUGGACGGCUCGCAGCGUCGGCCGCUGGUGGCCGACCUGGAGCGGCCGCCGUCGGCGCUCACCGCCGACCCCGACACCCAGCUCGUGUACUGGGCCGACCUGCAGAAGGUCUGGGUCACCGACCUCAACGGCAGCGCUCGCGUGCUGGUGGACCGCUCGCAGCAGAAGGUGGAGGGCGCCGUGCGCGGCCUGGCCGUGCUCGGCCCCCACCUGUACUGGGUGGACCCCAAACAGCAGCUGAUCGAGCGGGUGGACAAACACACCGGCGAGCAGCUGAGCACCGUGGUCAGCCGCACCGAGGGACUCACUGCCAUUGCCGCCGUGGCCAACCGCACACGACAGAUGAUCGUGUCACACCCGUGCUACGGUAACGGUCUGUGCUCGCACCUGUGUGUGGCCGUGUCGGGCCGGCCGCUCUGCUCCUGUCCUCUGGGACUAGAGUUGGGCCGCGAUAACCGCACCUGCCAGCGGCCGCCGUCGUGCGCACACCACGAGUUCGCCUGUCCGUACGGCGAGCCGCACUGCGUGCCACUCAGAUGGAGGUGUGACGGCAAGCCCGAGUGUGAGGGCGGCGCUGACGAGCACAACUGUUCGGCCUGCACGGGCGCCCAGUUCGCCUGCAACAACGGCCAGUGCAUCGAGCGCGGCCUGGCCUGCGACGGCGUGCCGCAGUGCGACGACCGCUCGGACGAGACGGCCUGCUGCGGCGCCGAGCCCAACCAGUUCUUCUGCCACCGCUCGCAGCAGUGCGUGCCGCUGCGCCAGCUCUGCGACGGCGUGCACCACUGUCAGCUGGGCGAGGACGAGCUGACGGCCGUGUGCGCCGGCGGCGUCAGCGGGGUGCCGGCCGACUCGCUGGGCGGACGGGCCGGCCGCUCUCAGCACAGCCUGCUCGUCAUCCUGGCCGUGUUCGCCGUCACCGCGCUGGCAGUGUCGGCGUUCGUGCUCUGGUGGUGCCGCUGCCGCAGUGGCAAGGCCGAGCCCAUCGAGGCGGCGGCCGGCGGCGGACCGAUGGCGCCGGCCGCCGGGCCGUCGGUGCGGCCGCGGCCGGCCGGCGCGUCGCGGCGCAGCGGCCGGCCGCGCCGCGAGUCAGUGCAGCUCUCGGUGCUGUCACGGCCCGGGGCGCCCGCUUCCAGCCCGGUCAGCUCGGCGCCCUACGACCGGGCGCACGUGACGGGCGCGUCCAGCUCGAGCUCCGGCUCGGCGGGCACCCGGUACCCGCUGGAGCCGCUCAACCCGCCGCCAAGCCCGGCCACCGGCCUGCACUCGGCCGCGGCCUCCACGGCAGCGGCCGGCUCCAGCCACGCGCCGACGCUCGGCUCGUACCGCUACUACAAACUGCGUAACCGGCCGCCGCCGCCGACUCCGUGCAGCACGGACGUGUGCGACUCGGACUCGGCCACCUACUACGCGUACCGGUGCGGCUCGGCGCUCGACUCGGACUACGAGUCGGACACGUACGGCGUGGCGCUGCCGCCGCCGCCGCCGCCACCGCCGCCCAGCGUGGCUGCCAAACGGCCGGGCGGAUCGCGACACCGCGAUCACCGCGACCGGCCCGGGCCGCCGCCGCCGUCGCCGGCCGCCGAGCGCUACAUGCUGUAGCUGAACUGAGCGCGCAGUGCCGGCGCUCUUACCUCGCGGUGUCACUCACUCACCUCAUUGUUGGCGCGCCGCGCGCCGCUGCCGCGGCUGAUCUGUCGGGCGCCGCGCCCGUUCUCGGUUGGCGCGGCGCCCGGUACAAAGACGAUGCGCGCCCGCCCGCCGCUCGCCUCUGCCAUAUGUUGUGUGCCUUGUCAGUACAAUCGCGGGUCGUGCGCCGCCCGCCCGCCUGCCAUGGACGCGUGGACAAACUGAGACUGUAUAGGACGACUAUGACUUGUGCGCCGCUUUUUAAGAUUGGAGGAAAUCUAUGCGAGUGUUUAAGCCUGACUCAAUGUGACAUAUGUGAAUACAUUGUAUGAUGUGA